AUGCACUUACUAGAUGAAUUAGAAGAGCUCGAUGUUGACCUAUUUCGGGCUACUACAUCAUGGCAACCUCCAUUUACACAACGUAUUUAUGGUGGCCAAGUAAUUGGACAAGCUCUAGUAGCUGCUAGUAAAACAGUUGAUGAACAAUUUUCACCUCAUUCGUUACAUUCGUAUUUUCUUCGCCAUGGCGAUCCUUCCAUUCCUGUUAUCUAUAAAGUAGAACGCACUCGAAAUGGUCGUUCAUAUUGCUCAAGAAAUGUUUAUGCAAUCCAACGAGGUUUAACUAUUUAUACUAGCCAAAUAUCGUUUAGUAAAUUUGAAAAAAGUGUCAUUGAACAUCAAAAUGAUAUGCCAAAUGCACCUGAUCCUGAAAGCUUACCCACAACGAAGGAAAGGCUACAAGGUUAUCUUGAACGUGGAGUUAGAGGUGACCGGAAUCGUUCAGCAAUCGAGAAAGCAAUUGCUUCAGAAAUCCCCUUAGAUAUCCGCCCUUGCGAUCGGAAACGUAUAGGCUUUUUCGAUCCUGAUUUUGAAAGUAAGGCCCCUUACCAAUUGGUAUGGAUUAAAACCGUUGAUAAAAUUGGACCCGGAUUUGAGAAAUUACAUCAAUGUAUCGCAGGAUAUGCCUCAGAUUACAGUCUGCUACAAACGGCUAGAUUACCCCAUCCUAAAUUUCGUGUUAAUUUCGCGUCGUCACUCGAUCAUUCCAUGUGGUUUCAUUUACCUUUCCGUGCUGAUGAAUGGAUGUUGUAUGAACUUGAAAGUCCAAAAGCCAAUAAUGGAAGGGCUCUAGUAUUUGGAAAGCUUUUUACACAAGAUGGCCGAUUAGCUGUUACUGUAGCACAGGAAGGAGUAUUAAGAGGGGUUAUUAAAGAUCACCCCAGCCGAUUAUAG